CGCGCAUGCGCAGACUCGCGUUAGCGACACACUGCCUAGAACAUUCUGGAUUCGCAUAGAUCGUCAUUCAUUUGAGGAAAGGCUUUUGUAGACCUGUCGUCAUAUCUAAGCUCUUUCAUAACUCCUGUACUCGCCUUCAGCAACGGAAGCCAGGCAGAAAUCGUGUUUGCCAGACAGGUGAGGAAGCCCGUCUUCAUCUUUUUAGUGCACAGUAAAAGUGAUUCACGAUGGUAAAGGAAACUGGAUAUUACGAUGUGCUCGGAGUGAAACCAAACUGCACGCAAGAUGAACUCAAGAAAGCAUACCGAAAGUUGGCCUUAAAGUACCACCCGGACAAAAACCCCACAGAAGGGGAAAGAUUUAAGCAAAUAUCCCAAGCAUACGAGGUGCUUUCGAAUCCAGAAAAACGACGUAUCUAUGACCAAGGCGGAGAACAGGCCAUCAAAGAAGGAGCUUCAGGUGGUGGAGGCGGAUUCUCUUCUCCCAUGGACCUCUUCGACAUGUUUUUUGGUGGGGGCAUGGGCCGCCGUGGGCGUAGUAACCGCAACAAGAACACUGUUCAUCAGCUGGGUGUGUCUUUGGAAGAACUUUACAAUGGUGCAGUUAGGAAGUUGUCUGUGCAGAGGUCCACCAUCUGUGAUAAGUGCGAAGGUCGGGGAGGCCGUAAGGGAGCUGUUGAGAGGUGCCCAUCUUGCCGAGGGUCUGGCGUAACUGUUCGCGUUCAGCAGCUGGUUCCCGGUAUGGUGCAGCACAUCCAAACGACCUGUCAAGACUGUGGGGGCGAGGGUGAACGCAUCAACCCCAAGGAUCGUUGUAAAAACUGCAAUGGCAAAAAGGUUGUCAGGGAGCGCAAGAUCAUCGAGGUGCACAUAGACAAAGGUAUGGAGGAUGGUCAGAAAGUCACAUUUGCUGGGGAGGGAGACCAAGAGCCUGGCUUGGAAGCUGGAGACAUCAUUGUUGUUCUGGAUGAGAAAGAGCAUGAAGUGUUCAAGCGGAGUCGCACGGACCUCAUAAUGCGGAUGGAACUUUCCCUCACUGAAGCACUGUGCGGGUUUCAAAAAACUAUCAAGAUGCUCGAUAACCGUACCCUCGUCAUAACCAAUUUACCAGGUGAGGUUGUGAAGAACGGAGCAGUGAAAUGCAUUUUGAAUGAGGGGAUGCCCCAGUACCGCAACCCAUUUGAAAAAGGAAAGCUCAUAGUGCAGUUCAUGGUGAACUUCCCAUCCCGCAUUGAUCCCAGCGUUAUUGGAAAGCUGGAGAGUCUCCUGCCUCCACGACAGGAGUGCAUGAUCCCAGACAACGCAGAAGAGGUUGUUCUUUUGGACCUCGAUCCUGAACAAGAAGCACGAAGGCAGCGCCAGCAUCACCAGAGGGAGGCCUAUGAUGAUGAUGAAGACCACUUCCAUCCUAGAGGUGGCGGAGUGCAAUGCCAGACACAUUAGUCACGUCUGUUCCGCAGACACAUGGCGGUGCCACAGUUGUGUGUUGGACCAUUGUGCGUACAGAUUCCUCUGGUGCGGCCUGAACACCUGUAGACCUGUUGCACAUAGUCUGCCCCCUAGCUGUAAUUAAGAGCUUCAUUUCUUCUACACCUUAUAUUUAUUCUGAGGAGCUUCAAACGGACAUUGACAACUUUGAAAUGGAGCCACAAAGCCUUCUUACAUACCAUUAAGGGAAGCAUGUGUGUGUACUCUUUGUGAAUGUGGCACUGUAAUCCGUUCCAUCAUCGAUAGUUUUCUGUGGUUACAAACAAUGACAGUGUACAGGCUCGUAUGUAAAGGGACAGAACAGUGGGCUGUUUUAUUAAAAUAUGAAUGUACAAAAGUA